CAAAAUAAUCCUUGUCUUCCAUUGAUUUUGAUUUUUUGAAAAUUGCUCCAAAUAUCACCUGGUGAACGAUCUACUUUCUUUUAGAUCUGCAUACUAUAAUCACGCUAAUAAUUAUCUAGACGCGAUUCAAUAUUAUAUCUUUAACGUUAUUUCAAUAGCCAACAGCUCGUCUUUGUUUCACGUGAGCGUCGAGUACUUUUAAGCGAUAACGAUGCGACGAAGGCCGAAUUUGUGUCAACGGUGAGCGAACGUCGCACACUUGGGCGGCGCGGAACAUCCCAGAUAAUCGUUUGCCGACCUCGCCAUCGUUCUUUUUUCUUUUUUUUUUUAACGACAAUGCCGGUGAAUGGAUGGUCGCGCGGUGCCGGUAUUUACCCAGCCGCAUCCGAUCGUUCGAUCACACAGGCAGGCGGAUGAAAUGCCCCUCUGCUCUUCCUCGUAUCCGCCGUUGUGGCACGAUGCAUGGCGAUUGCUUUUCAUUUCGUUACGUGUACGCUUCGCAGUUGCACGGUAAGCCGACACGUACCGGCGUUAAUCUCACUCUCCGCUGGCAGAACGAAAGGAUGGAUGUCCAUCGAGAGUGAAUCGCGAGCGCGGCUCGAUGAGAAGCGCAUGAAGCUGAAGUCGCGCAGGAGGUGCUCCGAUCUCUAACCCGGCCGACGAUGCACGUCUCAGCUAAGUGUGACGAUCGCUACUAGAAGAGCUCAAUGACGGAUCAGCGUUUGCACAAGAGCCUUUUACACGUGAUAACGGCGUUACGUAACGACGUUUGCACAGGUACAUCAGUGACGCGAUUAGAAGCAGGAGAUGUCGUUCUGGAGGUAAAACAAUCUGGGAAAUUCUUGAAAAACAACCUCUUGCAAUUUGGUCUUGCCCUGUUGUUUGCAGUGGAAACAUACAAGAUGACGACAUUGCGUUUCGCCGGCACGAUUUUCGUCUGCUGCCUUGUUUCGAGUACAGGUUGGUCUCAGAGUUGCCAGGAUCAAGAUACGGGAUGGGAAAAGAUCGCCGGAGCAAAGCCAGCAAAUGCUGUAGAGACUGUAAUUUACAAAAAUGGUGUGACGUCUAUAAGUAAUAACGGUAUCAUCGCGCCUUGCUUUGAUAGGUGUAAAAGUUUGAAUUGCACAGCUUUCGUAGUCGACUUCGCGAGGAACAUCUGCUACAGUGUGCAAGUAAAAAGUGAGGAACUCAUUCCUGAAACGAAUGCUACGCUUUUCAAUAAGAUUUGUGUUACAGUCCCGCUGAGCUGCAAACAACAGCGAUUAUGGCAAGUAGAAAGAACCUUGGGAGCUGUUUUAAAAGAGGGACAGUCUGGCUGGUUCCAUCAAGCAUUACGGAGAAGCGAGUGUUACGAGAAGUGUCUACAAGCAGGGAACGAAUGUGUAUCUGCGCAAUUUCGUACGGGCGAGCCUUUGUCAAUCAAUGAUACCAUUGGCACGUGUUCGUUGUCAAGGCUCGAAAGGGGUACCAGACCGCAAGCCUACAGAUCGUCGAUGUAUCGGGACGAGUAUCUGCAGGAUCAGUGCCAUAACAUAACGACGAAGAGCUAUUGUUCCUACGCAGAAUUUCGAAACGUAUCAUUGCCAUACUCGGACGUGGCGUUACCAGGACUGGACGUAAAACAAUGCGAAGAGAGAUGUGAUCGUAGCGUGGAUGGUUUCAUGUGUAGAGCUUAUACUGUCGAUUAUUCGGAGAAGAAACCGCUUUGUCUCCUACAUUCCGACAGUACAAUCGGUCUUGGAGUCAGUUCAUUGAUUCCCAGACCUAACGUGAUCUACAGGGAGCAAGAACCUUGUAUAGAUCUGAAAGUGGAAUGUGGCGAAUCAACAAUGACAAUAAUACUGACUACUGCGGAGCCCUUCAUAGGACGGGUGUACGCGAAUGGAUAUGGAGAUGUUACGACUUGCAGCGUUAAUGGUAUUGGGAAAAAUGUAACGAUAUUAAAAUUGCCGCUGCCAAAGAAAGAGGAAAUUGACAAGCCUGACCUCGUAUGCGGUCUUACACCCGCGUUUUCCAUCAGCAACGAAAAUCGGACGCACACGUUGAUUUGGGGUAUCAUUGUGAUACAGUAUAAUCCAAUCAUUCAGCGAUUGGGAGAUCAGUCAGUGAGAGUCGGAUGCACCUUAGAUGAGAGUGGUCUUCCGGAACCGAGAAACGUGACCGUUCAUUCGAAUUUCUCUUUCGAGGACCCAAACGCAGGCGUACCGCCGGUUGGCUCAAUUGUAGUGAACGUUUCGUCCGAGGUGCCAGUGGUGACGAUGAGGAUUCUCAACGAAAGCAAUAUGGACGCUGUCGUUACCCAAUUGGGAGAGAAGUUAACUCUCAGAAUUGAAAUUCAUCCCGUAAACGGAACUUAUGACAUCGCAGCUGGACACCUCGUAGCUAGUAGCGCAUCCGGAGAAUCCUCGUAUCUUCUUCUUGACGAAAUUGGAUGUCCAACAGAUCCGGCGACCUUUCCCGCGCUAUUGAAGGAUCCAAUCGAUAAUCGAUCUUUGAUCUCAACAUUUACUGCCUUCAAAUUUCCUGACAGUCAAAUCGUUCGAUUUAACGUCAUUGUUAGAUUUUGUAUCGAACAAUGUGAGCCGGCCAUAUGCAGAGGAGGACAACCAUCGUAUGGCAGGAAGCGGCGGUCGAUCGGGGAGCCAGUCACUGCCGAGGUAACUGAAAUUUUCAGAAACCUCACUCCCGUGGAAUUACCAUUAGAACUAUCUAUCGUCGUUCAAAGUCCAGUGAUAACGGCAGACCAUUUAUCCAGGGAAAAUCCUGAUACGCUUUUGAUCACCGGCGGAAAAUCUGACAGCCUCUUUUGCGUGGACGCGAGUUUAGCUCUGGGUCUUUUGAUCUUUUGGUUAAUAAUUCAAAUUGCACUCACCGCUGGUUGCAUUAUAGCCGUUCGUCGCUACAGAAAAAUGGCUGUAGAAGCCGAAGAAGACAGAGCUCAGAUAUUGGCGAGACAUCUUUACGGGAUUCACGGAGGAAACUUUGAAAUCGCACGAAGGGUUAGAUGGGCCGAUCGAAACGAUUCCUCAAUCGGAUAGAUUCAUUUUCUGCAUUUUUCAAACGCA